AUGUCAGACUCUGCAUCUAUCGUCCUUUUUGAUAUCAAAAAUCAUUCCCACGUGACGCCAUAUCUUGCCGCAAUUCACGGAUCCUGCAUCACGCAUGACCGCACAAUAGCUACCUUUUUGCCGCCGCUUUCGCACGACAAGCUAUUAUCAUGGUGGAAGAGCUGCAUAGCAGAGAUUGCGGAGGGAAGCCGGGUCAUGUUUCUGCUGGUAGAUGGCAUGGAUCCCUCUGGCCACAUAAAAGGACCCGAGAUCAUGGGAGUCGUCAUGCUGUUUAUGCCAUCAUCGGAAACCGGGCCGUUCCGAGGCAGUGUUCAGAAGCUGCUGGUGCACAAACGAUUUCGAGGGCGCAGCGGCGCGAAAUUGCUCAUGAAUGCAUUGGAAGCAGAGGCGUUGAGACGGCAGCGGACACUGCUGCUUCUGAACACAGAGACUGGAAGUCCAGCAGAGGCCAUCUACAAGAGACUAGGAUACACGGAGGUGGGCAAAGUCCCCAAUCACGGCAUCAGCCCCACGGGAGAGCUGAAGGCUAGCACGUUCUUUUACAAAGAUAUCUCGGCGCAAGCGCACAGCGACUAA